AUGGAGAGCGCGAGCUCCGGGCCAAGGGCGGUGAAGCUGCCGGGACUGGGGAAGUCCUCCUCGGAGACGUCGGUGGCUUCGCUGCAGAAGCUGCCGCCCUCCAUUUACGGGAAGCGAUGGACCACAGAGAACAAGCGGUUUCUGCACAUGCGCCGGGAGCGCCGUUGGCUCCAACAGAAGGCCAAGCAUCGCUUCAUAGACUUCACCCUGCCAGAGCGGGCGGAGUUUCGCCGCUACUUUGACCACCUGAAAGGACCAACCGGUCUGAUUUCCGGCGAGCAGAUCGAAGACCUGCUCAUUUCCCUGGGGGUGGUGAACACACAGGACGAGGUUGCGGGGUUGAUUGCCAGGGUUGACGAUCGGAAGACCCAGCAGCUGGACUUCGAGCAGUUCCUGGAGCUCAUCACGGUGCGCACCGACUCCAAGACCAUCGCCGUGUUCAGAGACAUGCUGGAGGGCAAGUUGGGCGACAACAACCUGAACUUCCAGACGGUCCUAGCGCAGUACCGGCGCCAGCGGCUGCUGGAGGGCUCAGGGGCUGGGGCGACCACCCCAGAACAGCAGGAGAUGGGCUGCAAGGUCCUGAAGAACUACGCGGAACUGACACGUAGUCGAUCACAGCACCUGAAAAGGGAUCCUGAGGAGGAGCAGGAGCUGAAGAUGUUUGACGUGGCAGAGGCGCCCCUGGGUGGCAUGAAGACCAUGUGGAGAGGACUCUGCACGGAGAACAACCUCAUGCCCUCGCGGCCCAGCUCCGGGCGCCGCACGGAGCGGCCCAAGAGCCCCACGGAGAUCUUGGCGCCUUUCCAGCACCUGAUCCAGGCCAGCAAGAGAAGGCACUCACUCUGCAAAACAGUGGUAGUGGAAGCCCCAGCUUUCUACGAGGGCUUUUGA